CAGACUCGGCCGUGAUUCCCACAAAAAUAUAGACCUUCUUCAAACAGACAAAGAGUCCAUACCACCACAUGAAGAACAACUAAUAUUCAGAACACUGGUUCAGCUUGGGACGGGAGACAACAAAGAUGGCACACAACAAGGGGUCGUCCCUGUCCAAUGCCCGUGGUCGUGAAAUUUAUGUUGGAAGUCAAAUCAGGGAUUCCAUUUCCCUUCUGGAUGUUUUGUACUCAAAUGCAUUCGAAGAAGAGGACAUAGACUCAGCAGUAGCGAAAAAGGCAGAGGCAGAUUUUUACAGAGGAGCCCCACCUCAAUGGCUUAACUUCUGCUGGGCUGAAAAGGCAACAUCAGCUAAUAAAACUACCCCCUUUAUCAAAAGAGAUGGGUACACUGAGCUGAUACAAAAUAUUAAGAAACAGUUUAAGGGUGACCUGACUUCUACCAUGAAUCUGCUGCAUCAGCCAGGCAGCGGAGGAACCACUCUGGCCAAGCAGGUGCUCUGGGAUAUGCGUAAAAAGCUCAGAUGUGCUGUUCUAACAGGCCCUACCUCAGACAUCACAGCUAUCGCCAAGCAGGUGAUUCACCUUUUCACUGCAGGCAGCCAAGGCCACCAGAACACUGUGCUCUUACUGCUGGAUGAUGUGUGUAUUCAGAAGAAUCUGCAGGAUGCCAUCAUGAAAGAGAUUACAGACCGAAACAUUACAACCCACAUGCCUGUGGUCAUCAUUUUAAACUGUGUGCAUAAGGCAGUUAUCAAACAAGAAGACCCUAAAAAAUCAAGAAAUGUUAUUCUAAGGGCAGAACUUUCUGAAGCAGAGAAACAACAGUUUGAGGAGAAACAGAUUGAGAUCAGUAGAAGCUACAGCAAUGAACACAAACAGUUUCAUGGCUUUAACAUAAUGCGAGAAAAUUUCAGUGGAGAUUAUGUUAAAGAAACAUGUGCCUUUUUAGAUGUCAGGAAAAAAAGAAGGCCUAAAAAAUCCCAGCUUCUUUCAUUCUUAUCACUGGUGAAUGCCUACGUCCCUGGAUCCCACCUUCUGGAGUCUCAAUGUCAGGCAUUCCUGGGGCCUCCAGAUCCCAUUUAUGGAGGCCCUUCCUUUGAGCAGCAAAUGGAGCCUUUCACUCAUCUGACAGUGACAUUCCCUUCACAACAGGGACAAGACAAGCACGUCCGCAUGGCUCACCCACUGAUUGCACAGCAGUGUGUUGAGUUACUGGCUACAGCAGGUGUGACCAGGAGUGAUACAGCAAGGAACUUUCUGACUGACUUUUGUGGAGAAGAGGUGCAGCAACAUUUGAUGUCCGUCAUCAAAGAUAUGCUAACUAAGAGGGAAAUCACUGUGGAUGUUAAGCAGAAUGCAGAAUGGAAACGAGACAUGUUAACGAAAGGGGAAAUGAGAGAAGAAAGGAAAGGCAAGUUUUCCAGGUUGAUUCAAGAUAUUGAAAAUACUGAAGGCAAAGAAUCCAAAAGCAUGUGUGUAUCUGUUUUACAACUAGCUUCAAAGAAAUUCAAGCAAAACCCAUUCUUUCCUCAAGCUCUUGCUCGUUUCUUUUACAUUGUGAAGACAGCCUAUUCUAAAGCGGAGAAGUGGGCAAAAAUAGCAAAAGACAGAGAUCCCAACAAUUCAUUUGUUGCUGACACACUGGGGCAAGUAUACAAGAACCAUUUGAUGAGCAGGAUGAAAGUAGAGCAGAGUUCCUUCAGGGUUCCCAAACAGCUGGGUUCCAUCUCUGCACAAGAAAUUUUGCAACUAUCAACAAUGGCCUUUGAGGCUUUCAAAGAUGAGGAAUGGGCUGCUGAAAAUGAGCAGGGAGCAGACAUGCAAUACGAUGGUAUUAACAAAGUCUCACACAUCUAUAACAACAGGGGACUAUUUGGUUAUCUACAGGUUGCCAACAUUGUUUUUGACUCACUUGUCUCUCUUGAUAAAAACUGGCAAAAGGUCCUUACCAUGGAAAUAUCCGCUGACUCUUUCUUCAUAUCAAUCGGACAGAAAAAGCUCUUCAAGUACAAGCCACUCAUCAUCAGCCUCAGGAAUGAGGUGGAGAGGAAAUGUGAGUUUUUUGAUGGUUACCUGACGUACUCCAAGCCCAACAUUAAAGAAAAUGAACCGCAUUACUUUCAGACUGAUGUCAAGAACUGCUACUGCAAAUACGUGGGGACAUGUACACCUAUACACUCAGAGUCUGCAAUAGAUGUACCCCUCCAGAGGCUCAAAGAAGAAAUGGCCAUUACUUUCCCUGGACUGCUUUGCUGUCUUGAUAAGGGCUAUGAUGAAUCUAACUUACGCCGAAUAACAACAUUGUGGGGGGAAAUAAAAAAAAAAAAAAACAAGAAAGAUGGUGACAACAAAGCGUCCCAAAACUUCAUCCUUGCCAACAUCAUCUUAAGCAAAGUGGAAGCAGCAUCUCCAAUGCUUACCCCGUUGUCAAGCCUAAGAAGCAGUCUGGAGAGACAUCUAGUGGCUAAUCUCAGUAACCAAACCCCAGAGUUUUACUUCUUAGUCCUUUUGCUGUUUUGGCCCGAGGAGCAUAAGAAAAUGAAUUUCAAUAUUGACCUCAACAAAUGUGUUCUGGAGAUGCAAGAGUCCUACAAAAACACAUACAAAAAGCAUCUUCGCUCAAGGUACCUUCUCCCCCUUAUUUUCCUGGGUAAGGGUGAGGGUUUGAGCAGACUGGUUCAUAGAGCAAAAAUAGACAACCUAUUGAUAGAGGAGAAUCCAAUGGCAAGGCCAGAGGCAAGGCCAGACUUUAUCUCUCAAAAGUGGAGCAGUGGUGAAGUGUGGAGAGAACCUAGUGUCCAGGACCUUCUUCUUCCAGUCAAUGGAGUGGUUAGACAGCACAGGGUGUUUGCGCACGUUGAUGGCAAGGAGAUUAACGUUUGUGCCGGCCAACAAAGCAAAGUUUGGAAGUCCGGAGACGUCUGCUUCUACCUUGGCUUCACCAUUAGAGGUCCUGUGGCCUACAACAUCAACUACCCAUCCUAUUCAGGUAGGAUUACCUGUAUUGAAGUACCGGACAUCGAAUUGAUCAAAGAACGGGCCUGUGAGAAGUUGAACAACAUGCCAAUGUGAUGAUGUUCUGCGACCAAUCUUUACCUCAGACCUCAGGCCAGCACUUUGAGGACUUCACCGGACAGAACUGAUCUAGAGAGUGAACCAGGUGAAGCCCAUCUUGGAUAAACUCAUCACUGACAAGAGCUAAAGUUCAGUACUGGCUGAACGCACCACACAGGACCAGAUGGGGGAGCUCUCCACAGGACUGAGGGCAAGUGGCAUCAGAGCAAAAUAUAUUUU